GAGGCGGAGACGGCCACCGUGGAUCUGGUUGUGAGCAGGGGCGGUGGGGGCGGAGGCAUGAGGAGAGCUUUUUGGCUUCAGUGAGCGCACGGGGACGUGCAGGCCGAGGGCCGCACGCAGGCUAAUGGGGGAGGGAAGGAGCAGCCUGUGAAACGGGGUGACGGUGGUGACCAGCCCGGGCGGGGACCGGGACUGGAAGAGACGCUUAAGCAGCCGGCUGGUCCGGCGGCUGGGCUGGGGUCGCGGGUGUGGGGACAGAAGGACACAGUCAGUUGACCCUGCCGGGACUGGAGAGGCGAGAACAGUCGUCUUUACGCUUAGGAAAGACGAGGGCAAAAUUAGGUUUGCAGGAAAGGGGCUCUUGAGCUGAAGGUGGGGAGAAGCUGGUGACGGGCGUGGCCGAAAGGAUAAGGAAGGUCUGUGUAAGUCGUUGAAAGAAGGUCUGUGUUAAGUGAAGGAAAGGUGAGGCGUGGCUGGAUCAAAGGGUUAAGGGAAGACGGUUGGUGGAGGAAAAAGAAGUGGAAGUGGCUGGGGUCCGGGGCCGAAACUACACCAGCAGUGACCGCAGCGCAGCGGAGCAGAGCGCAAACCUGAGAGUGUUCGGAAAUUGGAAAACUUGGUGGAGAACGAGGUUCAGGGCUCAGAUCCUGCCUCGGAGAGUGGGCGACGUAUCCGGAAUGUGGAAUAAGAGGCUGGUGAGGCUGGCCUUGUUGCAGCACCUUCGGGCUGUCUAUGGCAUCAAGGUCAAAGGUGGCCGCGGGCAGUGCAAUCGCAAGAGGAAAGAAACAGCAGCCACGGAAAUAGUGGGUAAAAUAUUUGGAGUACCUUUGAAUGCAUUGCCCCAUUCUCUUGUACCAGAAUAUGGACACAUUCCAAGUUUUCUCGUUGAUGCUUGCACAUCUCUAGAAGAGCAUAUUCAUACAGAAGGGCUUUUCAGGAAAUCAGGAUCUGUUAUUCGUCUAAAAGCUCUAAAGGAAAAACUGGAUCAUGGUGACAGUGGCCUGUCCUCUGCACUGCCUUGUGAUAUUGCAGGACUUCUUAAGCAGUUUUUUAGGGAAUUGCCAGAGCCCAUUCUCCCAGCUGAUUUGCAUGAAGCACUUUUCAAAGCUCAAGAGUUAGGAACAGGGCAGAAGAAUGAAGCUACGUUGUUACUCUCCUGUCUUAUGCCUGACUGCACUGUUGAUACAGUAAGAUACUUCUUUAACUUCCUCAGGAAUGUUUCUCUUCGGUGCAGUGAGAAUAAGAUGGAUAGCAGCAAUCUCGCAGUGAUAUUUGCACCAAACCUUCUUCAGACAAGUGGAGGACACGAAAAGAUGUCUACCAACACAGAAAAAAAGCUACGGUUACAGGCUGCAGUGGUGCAGACUUUUAUUGAUUAUGCAUCCGAUAUUGGGCACGUUCCUGAUUUUAUCCUGGAAAAGAUACCGGCUAUGUUGGGUGUUGAAGGUCUCUGUGCUACUCCAUCACUGGAAGGCUUUGAAGAAGGCGAAUAUGAAACUCCUAUUGACUAUAAGAGAAAGCGAAGACAAAGUGUGGGAAAUUUUGUCAGUGGAGCACUAAGUAAACUUAAAUAUAACAGAACACCCUCUAUUACACCUCAACAAGAAAGAAUCGCCCAGCUGUCUGAGUCACCAGUGAUUCUUACACCAAAUGCUAAGCGUAAACUGCCAGUAGAUUCUUACGGCUUCUCAAGCAAGAAAAGGAAGUCUAUCAAGCACAAUUUUAACUUUGAGUUGUUGCCAAGUAAUCCCUUCAGUACCAGUUCUACACCAGUAUCAGGUAGCAAAUUUCACCUUGAUACAAGCCCAGAGGAGUCAUCUCAGAGUUCCGUCUCUCCUGUGGCCAUCAGUGGGAAUCAUUUGAUCAGCACGGAUGCGCCAAGGCGAAGUAAAAGGAUUGCAGGCAAAACACUUUGCAGGGUGGAAUCAGAAAAAGCAGGUUGCUUCUCUCCUAAAAUCAGUCGUACAGAAAAGGUUCGAAGAUCUCUUCGUUUGAAAUUUAGUCUGGGGAGAAGUAGCAAAGAUGUAAAUGGGUAUUCUGGUGUCAAUAGACAUGAAAAUGUUGGUCGAAGACUUGCAAAUCAACAAAGUUUAAAAAAUAGGAUUGAAUAUGUAAAAACAGGUCUGCUUUUUAGCCCAGACAUUGAUGAAAGAUUAACAAAGAAAGGUAAAGGUUCAAAAAAGAUCAGUAAGUCUGAGGAAAACUUACUAACUCCAGAGCAGCCAGAUGGAACACGCUACCGAAUGUCUUGGACAGGACCUAAUCAUUCAAGUUUUCAAGAAAUAGAAGCAAAUGGAGCUUCUCUGGUAGAGGGAGGUCUUGAAGUGGAAAACUCCUGUUUGGAGCCUGAUAUUGUGAUGGAAAAGUCAUCUGUUAGUACAUAUGAACUGAGCCCUUCUAAUGCACACAAUAAGCAUAGUAACAACGCAAGCUCUCUUAGUGGGGAUGAAAAUAAUUUGAGUGCAGAGACUUUGGGGAGAAUUCAGAAAGCAUUUUCUGAAUCUGGAAGUAAUCUUCAUGCAUUGAUCGAUCACAGGCAGUCAUCAAUAACUGAUAGGGGGAAAGAAAAAUUAAAUGAAAUACCUUCUAUAGCAGACGGCCCAGGGAAAACUCUCUUUAAAACUCAUGAUUUGACUGUGAUAAAAUCAAGUCAACACCACACUAGUAAAAGUGAAAACAGUGUUUCAGAAAGAGACUUUUCACUACAUAAAACUCAAAAUUUAGGUGGAGAAGCACCUGUAAGAUAUUACCCAACUGAGGUGAAGGCGGAACAUGAUGGAAACAUUCAUUCAGAUAUACCAAAUGAUUAUUUAAGGAAGCAAGAAUUGCCCAGUGAUGAACAAAUAAAAACACAACAGUGCCCGGGGGACGAACUAGAUAAUGAAUUGAAGGAGGAGAGUGUGAUGGAAGAGAACUUCCCAAAAUGCACCACUUCUAGAGAGGAUGCAGCUCGCGCCUCUUCCUCAGAGCAGAUUGCGUAUAAUGUGACCAAGCUGUCGAAGCCCAGGCCCGGGAGAGUGGUUAAACAGCUCUCACUGGUGGAGACAUGCGGCACGACAGUUUAUAAAGCUGUGCAAGUAACAGAGCCGGGUAAGGUUUCAGACCACAUACAGUGGUUUAACAAGCUUUCUUUAAAUGAGCCAAAUAGGACAAAAGUUAAAUCACCCCUGAAGUUGCAGCGCACGCCUGUCCGUCAGUCUGUCAGAAGAAUUACUUCUUUGUUAGAGCAUAACAGACAACCCAUAAGGCAUAAACCGGCACAUCUUGACGAUGCCGCUCCUCUUCUGGUUAAAGCAGUGAGCUGUGACGGAGCUUUUUCCUCUUGUGUAGAAAGUGCACAAGAUUCCUUGAUUUCGUGUAAUCAAGCAGGUCCAAGAGGACGGAAGUCUGUGUCACGGGAGCAGUCAGAUGUUGAGGCAGUUUCAAAAUCAAGCGUGGAAUUAACUUCUAAAUCUUUCCCACAGAUGAAGAGGCACCCAGACUCCACGCAUGUUUUCCUUGGGCCAACCAGAGUUUAUACAGAGAAAGUGAUGUCUGAUGGGCAGGUUAAGGUUCCCUUGGAGGAUCUGACAAAUCAUGAUGUAUUAAAACCUGUUGUAAAUAAUAAUGUGGGCUUUUCUUGUGAGAUAAAUGACAGGGUCCUUAGGAAACUGUCAGAAAAAGAAAGGGUCUCAUAUAAAGGUUCUCCCAAAAAUCCUUUAGGAAAAGUUAAACUACUACCAACAAGUAAACCUGUAGACUUGUAAUUGGUGAAUGUUAUGCUUGUCAUUAAUGUAAAUAAAAUCAGCCAUUAGUGAUGUGCUUGUAAGGUAAUCUACAUGUCAAUUUGUAGCUCAGGAUGAUACGUGAUAGAUUUAUUUUUUAAAGAUUUUAUUUAUUUUGGGGGUGGGGAGAAAGAGGGAAAGAAAAAUCAAUGUGUACUUGCCUCUUGCGUGCCCCCAACUGGGGACCUGACCUGCAACCCAGGCAUGUACCCUGACUGGGAUUUGAACUGGUGACCCUCUGGUUCACAGGGAGACACUCAAUCCACUGAGCCACACUAGCCAGGGCCAGAUUUUUCAUUUCACUGCACAAGCAAUUUACAUUCUUGUGUUUGUAUGAAUGACUACUUUAGUUUCCUUGAUUAUGGCAAUAUUUAAAACUUUAGUUUUAUUAUGAUCUCUUAAAACAGGUUACAUUUUUUAAAAAGAAAUUGUUGACUGGGUUUAUAAAAAAUUGGGUUUUUUAAAUUGCAUAAAUUUUAUUUCAUAAGUGUGAUAGGAAGAGUAGAAUGAGUUGUGUCUAUUUCCUGUUAUUCCUCCUAAGUCACUUAAUGUUUUUACAAGACAUUUCUAACAUAUCAAGGGAAUAGAUAAGUCUUGCAAAUCUUUCUCUUUUUUUUAACCCUUAACUGAGGACAUGCUUAUUGAUUUUAGAGAGAGGGAGAGAGACAUUGAUAGGCUGCCUCUUGUAUGAGCCUCAGUGGGAUGGAAUCCACAGCCCAGGCUUAUGCCCUGAUGGUAUCAAACCCACAACCUUUCAGUUUAUGGGCAAUACUCCAACCAACUAAGCUGCACUGGCCAGGGCACAAAUCUGUAAUUCAAAUUAAUUUCUUAAAUUACAUUAAUGUUUAUUGCCUUUACCCAGACACCUAGAAAUUAACUUGUUUCAGUAGCAUCUCAAUCCUUUAUUCCUUUUGGGACUGAGUCAUUAGGUUUCUGGUGCCCAUAGAUGCGUACAGGGGGUCACUUCAGAAUAAUGGCUAAAGUAGAGCAGUGACUCGAGUGUGCUUGUGUAGUGUGGUGCUGCAGGAACGAGUGAUGACUUUUAAGCCAUACUGUAUUUUUUAAAGUUAAUUUGCACAAAUACAUUUGUGUCUGUUUUGUCCCAUGUAGAAUUUAAAAAUGAGGAAUAACUAAGCUUGAAAAAAUUAAUCAAGGUGAUUUCUUAUAUGCAGAUGCUUGAUUCUAGACUUUGAAAGAGUUGAUCCACCUCCACAUUUUCCUUGGAUUCUUGUACUUUGGAUUUUUCUAAAAGCCAAUGGUGGUUUUGUCUUGUGUGUACAUGUUAUUUAUUUAGCAUAGAGAUUAAAGAUAAUUUUCUGAAAAACUACUUGCCUGAGACUAAUGAAAUUCAAAAUACCUUUUAGAAUUUGAUGCAAAUUGUCAAGUAAAACUGUUUAUAUUUCAAGUUAUCAGAAAUUACAAAUGCUUCAGGAAGAAAUAGAGUAUAUUCUGAGUUUUACAGGAAGGGAUUUGCAGGCAGAAUCAACCACUGAAAGUAGUUUUGUGGGUCAGCUGUUAGAAUGUCACAUUCAGAUGUGGGGCCAGCACAGAACAGCACUGCACACCCACUCAGAGCAACCAGACUUCGUCGUGUGAUGUACGAGGACCUUAAAGUCAUCAGAUGUUUGCUUUACCACGUUCUACAUGGUAGAAAUAAGACAUCUCUUAUUUCGAAGAUAUUUCCUGUCUCUAUAUUCAUUACCUAGGAAUCAACCCUUUCUCUGAACUAGUAAGUAAUUGACAUAUAAGGAUUGUAAAAACCUGUAGGUAUAAACGUA